CCUGAGCUGGCCAGCCCGCAGCUCCCACACAGGAGGUGUUAGUGGGGGGCUGUUGGUGGGGACUGGCUGGCCAGGCCGCAGCUACACUGAGCUUUGGAGCCCAGGCCGUUCUGAGAGCGGGGGAGAGAACCCAGGCGUCCUGCCCAGCCGGGCAGCAGAACAGCGUGGGGCACAAGCCCUGGAUACAGAGCGGCUCUUCUCCCACGAGUCCAGGAAGCCUCUUCUGCUCCCGACCGUGGAAUCUCCGGGGACUCGGGCUCCAGGGAUCUGCUCCCAACACUCCUGCAAUGGCAGCAGGUCGUCCUGAGCAGAGAGCGCCCAACGGGCCGGCUGUGACCCCGCAGCGCUGCACCCCCGCUGGAGUGCCUGGGCUGCAUGGCCCCAUGGCCCCGUACCGCAUCCGGCAGUACGAGGACGGUGACUACGAGGCGGUGCGCACCAUGUUCGGCCAUGGGAUUAUGGAGCACGCUCCUGCUGCCUACAUCCACAUGCUGAAGUGUCUCCAGACCCAGCUGCUCUUCCUGGGCCUGUUCCUGGCCAUGCUCGCAGGCUCUGGGUCCCUCCUGGUCUCCCUCCUGGCUCUCCUGCUCACUCUCAUCGGGGGCUGGUUUUGCAUCCAGUCUCUCUGGACCGAGUACGUCCAGCAGUUUCUUCGCAACGACCUACUGGACAUCCGGAGAAUCUACCUGCAGGCAGCAGACUCUUGUUUCUGGGUGGCAGAGGCUGAGGGGGUGGUGGUGGGCAUGGUGGGGGCCAUCCUGCCGGAGGACCCCUCGGAAAGGGGGCGCGCCCUGGAACUGAAGCGCAUGUCCGUGGGGAGGGAGCACCGGGGCCGGGGCAUUGGCAGGGUGCUCUGCAGGACGGUCAUCCGCUUCGCCCAGGAACGCGGGUACAGUGCGGUCGUGCUGUCCACCUCCAUGGUUCACUACUCGGCCCAGCAGCUAUACGAGAGCUUGGGCUUCCAGAGGGUUUCAGAGAGGUCCCCAUCCCGCCUCGCCAGCUUCCUGCAGUUCUCCGUGUUCUGUUACCGAUACGAGAUUCCAGGAUCUCGCUGAAGGCUCAGGGGUGGAUUCUUCACCUGCCCACUCAGCCGCUGGGAGCUUUGCCUGGCUUGUUAAUUAACUCCCAGCAAGUUGCUACUUUUUGCCUUUUUGGUUAAAAAAUAAACUGCGCUUGGAGGAAAA